AUGGCUGAUAAGAAAUCUUCAGACAUUACCGAUGAAUUGUUUCAAGAAAGCAAUGAGGAGAGGAAAGGAAAUAAUGAAAUAAAAUUCAAUUUCUUCAGCCCAAAAAAAUCAAAUAUUCAGUCAGGAAAUAGAGCUAAUACUAGCCCAAGCUCUUCUGUUGAUGAAUUCGGAGGAAAUGAAAAUCCAAUGAUUGUAACACAACUUCUCAAAACUCAGCAGGAAUUAGGAUUGACGAAAAUCAGGAUUCUUGAAUUUCAGAGUAUCCUAUAA